CGGGCGGCGGGGCUGCUGCUGGGCGGCAGCGGGGCAGUGGAGGGCGCCGGCGUUGCGGUCGCCUUGCUCCCCGUCCCUGCCGCGCCCCCAGCGGAGCGGGCAUGGCGCCACCCUCGGCGCCUGGCCCGGACCGUGUGGGCCGUGAGGAUGAGGACUGGUGGGAGACGCGGGGAGACCGCAAGGCCCGGAAGCCCCUGGUGGAGAAGAAGCGGCGCGCGCGGAUUAACGAGAGCCUGCAGGAGCUGCGGCUGCUGCUGGCGGGCGCCGAGGUGCAGGCCAAGCUGGAGAACGCCGAGGUGCUCGAGCUGACGGUGCGGCGGGUCCAGGGCGCGCUGCGGGGCCGGGCGCGCGAGCGCGAGCAGCUGCAGGCUGAAGCGAGCGAGCGCUUCGCCGCCGGCUACAUCCAGUGCAUGCACGAGGUGCACACGUUCGUGUCCACGUGCCAGGCCAUCGACGCCACCGUCGCUGCCGAGCUCCUGAACCACCUGCUCGAGUCCAUGCCGCUGCGUGAGGGCAGCAGCUUCCAGGAUCUGCUGGGGGACGCCCUGGCGGGGCCACCUGGAGCCCCUGGGCGGCGUGGCUGGCCUGCGGGAGGGGCUCCAGGAUCCCCAGUACCCAGCCCCCCAGGUCCUGGGGACGACCCGUGCUCCGACCUGGAGGAGGCCUCUGAGGCUGAACUGAGUCGGGCACCUGCUGAGGGGCCCGACUUGGUGCCCACAGCCCUGGGCAGCCUGACUGCAGCCCAAAUAGCCCAGAGUGUCUGGAGGCCUUGGUGACCAACACCAGCCAGAGUCCUUCGGGGGUGGGCCCAGCCCUCCCAGGAGCUCCUCUCUCCUCCCAGAGGUUCAGAUGUACUGGGGUAGGGCUUUGAAAGCCCCACAGGUCCACCCUUUCUCCUCCCAUGGAUGGCUUGCAGGGCAGCCCCUGGUGACCAGCCCAGUCAGGCCCCAACCCCGUUUCUUGAGGAAGAAACUUUUAGGGACCCUGCAGCUCUGGGUGGGUGGAGGAAGAGAGCUACAGGCAGGAGGAGGAAUCUUGUGGAGCUCCCAGCGCUCUCCCAGCUUUCUGCGCCCAGCCUUCACCAGCCUUGUGCGGGUUCUGGGGGCAUAGGUGGCAGGAAUGGUGCUGGGCACUAGUGUCCCAGGCAGCCCUGGGCUAAAUAAAAGCUUGAACUUGCCAUUUCCACCAGAAGACGAGAGGCAGGUGUGUCCUUCCGCAUGCUCAGACCUGUGAGGCUCUGUACAUCUUGUUUGUAGCACACUUGAGUUUGUGUAUUCCACUGCCGUCAAAUGUUACAAUUUUACUAAAUAAAGAAUUUGGGAGUUAGUUACCUUUGAA